AUGUCCGAAAUCAAGCUCCACGAACAGGACAAUGUCUCCGAGGACAUCUGGACUCUCGUCAAGCAGCUCAGAUUCCGCAAUCUCGUCAACGCUGUCAAGAAACCCACCCUCGACGACUUUAGCCAUCUCGCUGACGUUGCCAGAGAUCGCCAGUUGAACUUGGAGACCUUCACUUUGCUGUUCAGGGAGACCUUCAAGACUCAGACUGGUCGUACCGCAACCAUCGCACUCGCCAUCGUGGUCAGCAUCAUUACCUUUGUUACCACUCCUUUCCUGGAGUCCUCAGGCUUCAACAGCGCUGGACCUGCACCAGAACCGAUCACUGUUGCUGCCCAGUCGGCCUUCGGAGUCAGUGCAAUGUUCAGUGCUCUUCAGAGCUCCAUGAUGGAUGAUUAUAGCCCCUUCCUUGUCGCUGGUAUUGUUCAGGGAGUCGUUGCUGCUUGUGUCAUGUUCGCUGCUUAUAAGCUGUGGAACAUGCGUAAGCGCAAGACUACUUAG